UCAGACGGUUGUCUCAUCGCUCGAAUCUUAUUGCCAGAAAAUGGCGCCACCAGAUUCAACUAAAAAAAUCCUUGAAGAUUUUAUCGAAAUGUAUAGAAGUAAUCCAUGUCUUUGGCAAAUUAAAAACAAAGAUUACCAUAAUCGAGACAAAAAAGAAGCUGCUUAUAAAUUACUAAUAGAAAAAUUGAGAGAAAUUGAGCCAGGUGCGAACAAAGAUGUAGUUGUGAAAAAGAUCAAUAACUUAAGAAGCAAUGUUAGGAAGGAAAAGAAGAAAUAUGAGCAAUCUUUAAAGUCUGGGGCAUCUGCUGAUGAUGUGUACCGUAUUAAACUGUGGUACUACGAUUUGUUCAAUUUCAUUCAUGAUCAAUGCACUCCAAGGGAAUCUUCAUCCAACUUAGAUAGUGAUGACGAAAAUAGUUGUGAGAAAGACAACACUGAAGACUCUUCAAAUGCCGCUGAAGAAUAUUCAUCCAACAGCGUAUCUACCGACAACGAGGCUCGAUCAACAUCGUCAAAUAAUAAUAAUUCAUCUCGCCUACCAAAACCUUGUAAAACAAAAAGAAAAGAUGCAAGCUUAGCAAAUGAAGUAUUGGAAUCGGUACGAGAUCACUUUACUGCAAAUCCUCCUCAAGGAUUUAAUCAAACUUCAAUUCGAAAAUUAUUAGCUUUUUCUUCUAUUAAUAAUUUAGGAUGAAUAAUAGCUGCUUUUUUAAUCAGUGAAAACUUAUGAUUAUUUUAUUUUUUUAUAUAUUCCUUUUUAAAUUUAAUUUUAAUACUAAUAUUUUAUAUAUUUAAUAUUUUUUAUAUAAAUCAAAUUAUAAAUUUUAAUAUUAAUUUAUAUAUUAAAAUAUCUUUAAUUAUUAUUUUUUUUUCCUUAGGAGGUUUACCCCCAUUCUUAGGAUUUUUCCCUAAGUGAAUUAUUAUUAAAUUUUUUUUUAACAAUAAUUUAACAUUAAUUGCUUUUAUUUUUUUAAUAUCAAGAUUAAUUAUAAUAUUUUUUUACAUUCGAAUUAUUUAUUUAUCAAUUUUACUAAUUAAUUUUAAAUUAAAAUGAUUAAAGAUUAAUUUUAAAAUUAGUUUUUUUUCAUUUAUUAAUUUUAUCUCUUUAAUUUCCUUAUCAAGUUUAAUCCUUAAUAUUUUUUUCUUUUUUUAAGGUUUUAAGUUAAAUUAAACUAAUAGUCUUCAAAAUUAUUUAUAAAGAAAAUCUUUAAGCCUUAGUAAUAUUUACACCUUAAAAUUUGCAAUUUUAUAUCAUUUAUGAAUAUAAGGCUUCUUAAUAAAAGAGAUUAUUCUCGUUAAUAAAUUUACAAUUUAUCGCUUAUACCUCAGCCAUUUUAUUUGCGAAAAUGACUUUUUUCUACAAAUCAUAAAGAUAUUGGAACUUUAUAUUUUAUCUUUGGAAUUUGAGCUGGUAUAGUAGGAACUUCAUUAAGUUUAUUAAUUCGAACAGAAUUAGGAAAUCCUGGAUCUUUAAUUGGAGAUGAUCAAAUUUAUAAUACUAUUGUUACUGCUCAUGCUUUUAUCAUAAUUUUUUUUAUAGUAAUACCAAUCAUAAUUGGAGGAUUCGGAAAUUGAUUAAUUCCUUUAAUACUUGGAGCUCCAGAUAUAGCUUUCCCCCGUAUAAAUAAUAUAAGUUUCUGAAUACUCCCCCCCUCUCUUUUAAUUUUAAUUACAAGAAGUGUAGUAGAAAAUGGAGCAGGUACUGGAUGAACAGUUUAU